ACGAUCCUGAAGCUGCUGGUGUGGGGCUCGGGCCGGUCCCGCACGGCCGUACUGGUACCGGUGCCCCAGUACCCGCUCUAUGGGGCCGCCAUCGUGGAGCUGGAGGCGGUGCAGGCCGGGUACCGCCUGGACGAGGAGCGCGCCUGGGGGCUGGACCCGGCCGAGCUGCGGAGGGCGCUGAGGGAGGGCAGGGAGCGGGGCUGCCCCAGGGUGCUCUGCGUCAUCAACCCAGGGAACCCCACCGGGCAGGUCCAGAGCCGCGAAUGCAUCGAGGAAGUCAUCAAGUUCGCGUACGAGGAGCGGCUCUUCCUGAUGGCCGAUGAGGUCUACCAGGACAAUGUGUACGCAGAGGGCUCUGUGUUCCACUCCUUCAAGAAGGUGCUGUUCGAGAUGGGGCCGCCCUAUAGGGACACGGUGGAGCUGGCGUCCUUCCACUCCCUGUCCAAGGGCUUCACGGGCGAGUGCGGGUUCCGGGCCGGGUUCGUGGAGGUGCUGAACCUGCACCCGGGGGUGCUGCAGGAGCUCUCCAAGGUGGUGUCCGUGCGCCUCUGCCCCCCCGUGCCCGGGCAGAUCCUGCUGGGGGCCCUGCUCCACCCCCCCGGCCCCGGGGAGCCCUCGUACCAGCGCUACGUGGAGGAGAAGGCAGCGGUGCUGCAGGCGCUGGCGGCCAAGGCCCGGCUGACGCAGGAGGCGCUGAACGGGACCGAGGGGAUCCGGUGCAACCCAGUGCAGGGAGCGAUGUACGCGUUCCCCUGCAUCCAACUGCCAGAGAGAGCCUGCACCGAGGCCACGGCCGUGGGUCAGGCCCCGGACAUGUUCUUCUGCCUGAGGCUGCUGGAGGAGACCGGGAUCUGCCUGGUGCCGGGCAGCGGCUUCGGGCAGCGCGAGGGCACCUUCCACUUCCGGAUGACGAUCCUGCCCCCCAUCGAGAAGCUCAAGGUCCUGCUCGAGAAGCUCUGCAGCUUCUACACCAAGUUCGUCAAGGAGUUCUCCUAAUGCCAACAGCGCCCCAUAGAGCCCCAUAGAGCCCCAUUGAGCCCCAUUGAGCCCCAUUGAGCCCCAUUG